GGGCUCGGCGGGCAGGGAUGGAGCCGGCGCGGGGCCGCGGGAGGCCGGGCUGAGCGCAGCGGGGAGGAGGCGGCGCCGCCGCAGGAGGAGCUCGCCGCGCCGGGGGCGCCAUGGGCAACGCCGACUCCAAGCUGAACUUCAGGAAGGCGGUGAUCCAGCUCACCACCAAGACGCAGCCUGUGGAAGCAACAGAUGAUGCCUUCUGGGACCAGUUUUGGGCAGACACAGCCACUUCGGUGCAGGAUGUCUUUGCCCUUGUACCAGCUGCUGAAAUCCGAGCAGUGAGGGAAGAAUCACCUUCAAACUUGGCUACUCUGUGCUAUAAGGCUGUGGAGAAGCUGGUUCAGGGAGCGGAGAGUGGCUGUCACACAGAAAAGGAGAGGCAAAUCGUUUUGAACUGCAGUCGGCUUCUCACCCGCAUCCUGCCAUACAUCUUUGAGGAUCCUGACUGGAGAGGCUUCUUCUGGUCGACUGUACCUGGGGCUGGACGAGGAGGGGGGGAUGAAGAUGAUGAAAAUGCCCGGCCACUUGCUGAAUCAUUGCUGCUGGCAAUUGCAGACCUGCUCUUCUGUCCAGAUUUCACUGUCCAGAGUCACCGGAAGAGCACUGUGGAUACUGCAGAGGAUAUUCACUCCAUUGACAGCUGUGAGUACAUUUGGGAGGCUGGUGUGGGCUUUGCUCACUCCCCCCAGCCCAACUACAUCCAUGACUUAAACAGGACAGAGCUGCUAAAACUCCUGCUGACCUGCUUCUCCGAGGCCAUGUACUUGCCGCCCUCCUCAGACAACAGCAACACCAACCCCUGGGUGCAGUUCUUUUGCUCCACAGAAAACAGACACGCGCUGCCACUCUUCACUUCACUCCUGAACAUUGUCUGUGCCUAUGACCCGGUGGGCUAUGGGAUCCCCUACAACCACCUGCUCUUCUCCGACUACCGUGAGCCCCUGGUGGAGGAGGCAGCCCAGGUGCUGAUAGUUACUCUGGACUAUGACAGCUCUACCAGUUCAAGUCCCACGGUGGAUGGCACCACUACCAGCACUGCUAUGGAUGAUGCAGAUCCUCCAGGACCAGACAACCUAUUUGUGAACUAUUUGUCUAGGAUACACAGAGAAGAGCAGGAUUUCCAGUUCAUUCUCAAAGGACUUGCUCGUUUAUUAUCAAACCCCCUGGUCCAGACAUACCUGCCCAACUCUGCCAAGAAGAUCCAGUUCCAUCAGGAGCUCCUUGUUCUGUUUUGGAAACUCUGCGACUUCAACAAGAAAUUCCUCUUCUUCGUGCUGAAGAGCAGCGAUGUCCUGGACAUCCUGGUCCCAAUCCUCUACUUCCUAAAUGACGCCCGAGCUGAUCAGUCGCGAGUGGGGCUGAUGCACAUCGGUGUAUUCAUCCUGCUUCUGCUCAGCGGGGAGCGUAACUUUGGGGUUCGACUGAACAAGCCGUAUUCCGUGAGAGUGCCUAUGGAUAUCCCUGUCUUCACGGGGACGCACGCCGACCUUCUCAUCAUAGUCUUUCACAAGAUCAUCACCAGUGGGCACCAGCGGCUGCAGCCCCUCUUUGACUGCCUGCUCACCAUCAUUGUGAAUGUGUCUCCGUAUCUGAAGUCUCUUUCCAUGGUUGCUGCCAACAAGCUGCUGCACCUCUUGGAGGCCUUUUCCACCACUUGGUUUCUCUUCUCUGCUGUCCAGAACCACCAUCUCGUCUUCUUCCUGCUGGAGGUUUUCAACAACAUCAUCCAGUACCAGUUUGACGGGAACUCCAACUUGGUCUAUGCCAUCAUCCGCAAGCGGAACGUGUUUCACCAGCUGGCCAACUUGCCCACGGACUCCCAGACCAUCCAGAAAGCCCUGCAGCGCAAGAAGAAAACUCCUGAGCCCAUUUCUCGCACCAACUCCCAGGAAGGGGUCUCCAUGGAGGGCUCGCGGCCUGCUGCUCCUGCCGAGCCGGGGACACUGAAGACUAGUCUGGUGGCAACUCCAGGUAUUGACAAGCUUACGGAGAAAUCACAGGUGUCAGAAGAUGGGACCAUGCGGUCCCUGGAGCCAGAGUCUUUACCGUCCCCAUUAGAAGGCAGCCCACCAUCAGCUGUUAGUGACACAGAGUCCUGGAGCGGGGAGACAUCGCAGCCCAAGCAGGAGCGAAGGCGGCUGUCCAGUGCAUCCUCAACAGGGCAGUGGUCCCCAACUUCUGACUGGGUGAUCUCUUGGAAGUCAAAGCUGCCUCUCCAGACAAUCAUGAGACUCUUGCAGGUGCUGGUCCCUCAAGUGGAAAAGAUCUGCAUUGAUAAGGGCCUCACGGAUGAAUCUGAGAUCCUCAAGUUCUUGCAGCAUGGCACGCUGGUGGGACUGUUACCUGUCCCUCACCCCAUCCUGAUCCGCAAAUACCAAGCUAACUCGGGCACUGCCAUGUGGUUCCGGACCUACAUGUGGGGAGUUAUUUAUCUGAGAAAUGUGGAUCCCCCGGUCUGGUAUGACACAGAUGUGAAGCUCUUUGAAAUUCAGCGAGUCUGAGAGCACAGGAAAGAGGGCACUUACCUCUACUAAAGGAAAACACUGGAAACAAGACCUCGCUGUGUGCUGCUUCAUCACAGCUAUUCCUGCAUUUCACAGCCAGCUGCGAGACCAAAAGGACAAUCAUUUCCAUUUCCCUACAUAUCAUUUUAAGCUUUAAGGAGGACCUGUGAGCAGAUCCUUAUCCCCUUGCUCACUCCUUCCCCCUCCUUCCCUAGCAAACUUGAGUGAGAGAUGCCUAAGGACUGUCCCUUGUGUUGUUGCACUAGAAAUCAGACCAUUCAUAGCUCUUUUGUCCUCUCACUCCUGGCUUUGGUUUGGAGACCAAUCUGAGCCAUAUCAGCCACAGCUUAAGAGCUUCUCCGCUUGGUCAUGUCCCAGCCAGAUUCAGCAUAUAAUCAAAAAGACUCCAUAGAAAGAGUUAAACUGAGUCAUGGAGGGGAACUGCUACUACUGCAGGAGGGGAGUGUUAGACAUGCAGAGGGGUUUUGCGUGGUUCUUUUCCCAAAGAAUUGGUUCUAACACCCAUCAGGUUGCAGGUCUUCUUGCUGCUGUCUUGCUUCACUCUGUACUUGCUUCUGUCUUGCUUCACUCUGUACAGUUGGGGGGAUCUUUAUUUAAUGAAAAGGGAAUGCUGAAGGAGAUCCACUUUGCCCUGGUCUCUAUUUUAAAUCCCUCCUUUCUUCCCCUUCUUUGGAAACUAGUGUUAGGUUCUUGUAGCAGCUGAUGCUUCAGUGCAAUAACAAGAUCUACUCUCCUUCUUCCUUCCCCACCUUGUCGCUGCCUCAGAGAUUUGCAGACCAGGAAUGUUACUCUGGCUUUGCAGGUGGACUGUUGCAGUGAACAGGGUAUGUGUUUGUGUGUAUGUGUUUUACAGCCCCUUGGAAAGCUGUGUGCAAUCAUGGAGAAUCAGGGCAAAGGCUGGGAGGGAAGGGCUAGCCUAGGGGAGCUGAGCCUGACAAGGAGAAAACAUAAGUAUGUGUUGCCCUCCUUCAUCCUUCUCCAAUUGAUUGAUGAGCUGGUUUGUUUGGAUUUGGAAGGAGUUGUGUUGUUACUGAGCGGGCAGGUUGUCACAAUGGAGGGCAUUUGGAGAAGGGUGGAAGGGGUGGGUUGUCCACUGCUUUUUCAGUGCCAGGCAUUGAGGGAGGGUCUUGGGGCCAUCCCAAGAAGUAUGUUGAAGGCAUGAUGAAAAUGGUUGCAACUAGGCAGGAGGGACUCUGGGGUAAAGGUAAAUUCUUCCAGACACCCGGAUGGGUUCUGUAUUCAAGAAAGCUGGCUUGCUUUGGAGCCCAAGUGCGGUAAUGAGCCUGAACUUUGCAGGGUCAAAGGAGAUCAGCUCCUAGCUCACAAAAUGGAUGAAGUGCAGGUUGCAGACUGCACUAUCCAUAAAUAUGGGGGCAGGUGUGUUAGAGCAGCUCCCUUGUUCUUCUCCCCUUUCCCCCCAACCCAUGUGUGAAGGCCUGAGUAUUGCACAAGCAGCCGUAUUGCUUUUCUUCUGUAGAGAGUCCAGCUUUCAUAUAAGUAGCCCGCUGACCUAGUAGUGAACCCCUCUUGCUGUUUGGGUGCUGAAGGUGGACUAAAGCCCCCUGCCCAGUUCAGCCCCCUGAAGUGUAGCCUGGAAGACCAUUGAAGAACAAAGGCUGGAUAAGGAAGAGAGCAUUUCCUCUCCCCAUGCCUCAUCCAUUUUGCCACCUUUCACCCCCCACCUCCCGCCUCCACCUGUAUAAAGACAUUCACAGAUUGAAGUCUAUAUUUUGCUUGGAAUAUUUCUUGUCUUAAGAAUGUGAUUGGGUGGUGCCCUUGGUGAUGGGCCAGCCCCUGAUUGUACUGCACUCACACGUCUCAGCUGGAGAGGGCCCUUAUGUCCUAGACACUGGCUUCUCUCCCCACCCCGCCUUCCCUGGUUUUGUGGUAUCUUCUAUCCUUUCCACCCCCCCUUUUGUUUUCUUUGUGAGUUUCCCUGGAAUCUUUCGUUUUUUGGUGUUUUCAGUCUUUGUUCCAUGAAAAUCGAAUUGCACUGUAAACUAUUUGCUUACAUUCAAAGAGAUAAAGAUAAUCUGAAACAUG